GAACUUCGCAUCAAGUCUAUACAUCCCAAAUCUCUGCCGCGUGCCCAGGCAUCCUGGUAUCACCUGCAUUGCAUGACAUAACCUAGCAUGAUCUCUGUUUACAUUUCCAAUUCACGGGAAAACGGCCAAGCCAAUGGACGAUCAAAGAAGGCAAUCCUUGGUUUCUCUAAACCUGAAUGAGCGGCAGGGAUUCAGCCCUUCCCAUAUGGCAAAGAGCAACCCUCUCGGCCCCGAAGAGCAUCGCGCAGAUGCUGAAUUGUCAGACUACUCAAUGGGUAAUAGUACAUAAUCGCGCCGACGGGUGAAUGCGCGGACA